UGUGGGUAUUAUUGCUGUUAAACCAAAGUGUAGGCUACUUUAAUUCUUACAACAUAAAUCCUAGACUAGACCGAAGCCCGCUAAUAAUAUCUUUAUAAAUAUUCUACGUUUUAAUCAAAAUUUGUGAAAAAUAAAAUAAGACACGUGUGACGGUGUGAGUCUCAGCAGUGACAUGGAUUUGAAGGUGUUGACCGGCCCUGAGGAGAUUGCUAAACUCUAUCGGGAACAGAGUCAGUUCCCGUCCCUGAACCGUGCUGAUGUGGGGCCGGUGAUCACGUCUCAGUAUGGAGGAAAGUACAAUAAUGUCUCCACAGUGUGGACUCAACGGGAUCUGGAGAGGAAUGAGCUUGUUAAAUUUUGCCGGCAGUACAUCGUGUUUCAUGAUGACCAUUUGGUAGUCUACUCUGGGCCCUCUGGUAAUUGCACAGAGAUCAAGGGAGAGCUGUUGAGCCAGGAUUCUCCUUCUGGAGAAAUGAAGGCUGUAGUAAGGGAGUGUUCCAUUAAAGGAGAAGAGAAACAGUUUCUUGAGAUCUGGCAUCAAAACAGGAAGAUAAAAAGUCUUAACCUUACUGCACUUAAAAAGCAUGGGAAGGUGUAUGAUGAUGACCAGUUUGGCUGCUUGGUCUGGUCACACUCUGAGACUCAUCUCCUAUAUGUGGCUGAAAAAAAGCGUCCCAAGACAGAGUCCUACUUCCAGUCGGAGGCUUUGCUCGGUGAUGAUGAGGAGGGAAUAAAAGCUGAGAAGCUGGAGGAUACUGUUAAGGGUAACCAGUUCGUAUAUUAUGAGGACUGGGGUGAGGCUUUGGUCAGUAAGAGCGCUCCUGUCCUUUGUAUAUUGGAUAUUGAAGGCAACAAUGUUUCUGUCUUGGAGGGAGUCCCAGAUGAUAUUUCCCCUGGACAGGCAUUCUGGGCACCUAAUGAUACAGGUGUGGUGUUUGUGGGAUGGUGGCACGAGCCAUUCAGACUGGGCCUGAAAUACUGCCCCAACAGACGGUCUUCUCUCUUUUAUGCAGAUCUCUCUGGUGGAAAAUGUGAACAGUUGUCUGACUCCUCCGCAGUCUUCUCUCCUCGUCUCAGUCCAGAUCAUUGUCGUAUUGUAUAUUUUAAAUGUGAUGUGUAUGGCCCACAUCAGCAAUGCAACAAGCUCUGCAUGUAUGACUGGUAUACAAAGAAGACUGAAGUUAUAGUUGAUGUGCUCAAGAGAGGCAGAGAAGAUGGCUUUACUGGUAUCUACAGCUCUCUGCUGUCUCAUUUGUGCUGGUCAGCUGAUAGCCAGAGAGUUCUUGUAUCAUCUGCCCAGAGAAGUCGUCAGGACAUUCUAGUGGUUGAUACAUCCACAGGCCAAGUCACUUCCCUCACCUCUAAGUCAGAUAUGGGAAGUUGGUGCCUGCUGACUAUCCAUAGGGAUUUGAUGGUGGUCAGCUGCUCAUCUCCGAACUGUCCUCCAAGUCUGAGGGUGGGCUUUCUGCCAGCAAGUGGUUCAGAAGAAGAGGUGUCGUGGGUGACAUUAGAGGAUGCUCAAAUGCAGCCCGAAUUUGACUGGCAGGUUCUUAGUUUCACCCCACCUCCGGAGGAGGACAACAAACAAUACUCUGGGCUGGACUUUGAUGUGAUUCUACUAAAACCAAAGAAUGCAACAGAGGGAACAAAACUACCGCUCAUUGUCAGGCCACAUGGUGGGCCUCACUCUGUAAUAAUGACGGAGUGGCUCUUAUCCUCAGCAGUCUUCUGCAGGAUGGGAUUUGGUGUCUUACAUGUUAAUUACAGAGGCUCCAUUGGCUAUGGUCAGGACAGUAUCUUCUCUCUGCCUGGAAAUGUUGGCACCCAAGAUGUCAAAGAUGUACAGUUUGCUGUUGAAAGCAUAUUAAAGCAAGGUGACUUUGACAGAGAGAAGAUUGCUGUUAUUGGGGGCUCCCAUGGAGGAUUCUUGGCUUGUCACCUAAUUGGUCAAUACCCAGAGUUUUACAAAGCAUGUGUUGCUCUAAAUCCAGUCACCAAUCUGGCAUCCAUGAUUGGCUCUACUGACAUUCCAGACUGGUGUGAGGUGGAAGCUGGAUUUGAUUAUAGCAGUAACAGAAUGCUGAGCUCUAGUAUGCUAGAGCAAAUGUUAAACAAGUCACCCAUUAAACAUGUCACACAGGUAAAGACUCCUGUGCUGCUUACACUGGGAGAGGAAGAUAAGCGUGUGCCUAAUAAGCAGGGCAUUGAGUACUACAAAGCUUUGAAGGCUUUGCAAAAACCUGUCAGGUUGUUAUGGUAUCCAGAUAACAACCACUCUUUAUCUAAAGUUGAUGCAGAAUCAGACGUAUUUAUGAACAUGGCAUUGUGGCUCAUCCAGCAUCUCAAUCUAUAAUCACAAAGGCUACAUAAUAUACUUAUAAUUGCCUUACAUGCUUGAAUUAAAUAGGUGAUCUAAAACAAAAAUCUGUUGUUUGGUCAUUAAGGGUUAAUAUUAUAAUUAUGAGUGUUUAGAAUGAUAUCUCAAUGUGUGUCCUUAGGUGUGUUAGCAUACACGCCCUAAAAAUGGUCUUGGUACACUGUUUAAUUGAUUUUUUUAAACAGACUUAUCUAAUUAUAAACUUGAAACACAGCUUGUACUGAAUAGUACUGUUCUUUAUAUUUUCAUUCUCUCUUUGUCCUUGUUACUAUUGUUUAAAAAGGCUAUUAAUUAACUCUGGAUAAUUCUUGUUCCUUCUUAAAAAUAAAUAUGUU